UCCUAGCUAACUCACCUGUGUGACAAAUGCCGUGGUGAACUCACCUGUUACAGUUUGUUUUUAAAGGGGAUUACUUUAUGGAUGCUUUUAAUAUAUGCACACGAAUUGGGAUCAUUUGGCCUGACAAUUAAUACAGUUAUUUGAAGUAGGAUUUUUUUUAAUUCACUGUUAUGAAGUAGGAUUUUAGGUUAUUUGUUCAGUGACAUUUUGUGAACUCAUCUGCAAAGGUACAAGGCAGCUUGACUUCAGAAUGAAUAAACCAGAGCUUCGAAGGCUUUUUUCUGCGUGUGAUGUAAACAGAUCUGGGCGAAUCGAGUUGGAAGAUUUCUCCGUUGUUUGCCGGGAGCUCAAUGUUCCCACCGAAGACAUCACAACUUUAUUCAACAAAUUCGACGUGGACGCAGAUGGGAGUAUCAAUUACAGCGACUUUUCCUCGCGGUUUCACGAAGUUUCGGAGACCCUUAACCUGGCUUCACUCGAGGAUUCUUUGCAAAGUCAAGUCAGCCCUUGGGAUGAAUUUGAGAACUCAUUGGACGGUGACGUGGUUUACUUUUUGGGAAGGUUACGGGAUCCACUCAGUGAGCUGUACCAACAGAUCCAUGCGUCCUCUGAUGGCCAGUUACUACAGCAGUAUGAGGAACUUAUCCAGGGUCUGGUCAAUGAGAGCAGAGAGCAACGCUUGGAGAACGAGCAGCUCGAAACCAGCCUAAGGCGGACAGAGGAGAUGAACACGAGCCAGCUGGUCGAACUUGAGGAAGACUUGCAGGUGCAGCUUCGUCGGAGUGAGGAGAGGGGGAGAGAGGAGGAACAGAGGAAAAUGGAAGGGAGCAUUGCAGUGCUGCAGAGGAGGCACAAGGAUGAAGUGGGCGACCUGCAAACUGCCGUGGAUCGGCUCACAAGGCAAUACCAAGAGGAGGUGGAAUUGAAUAACUCGAGGGAAGAUGUUGACAAACUGAGAAACCAGCUUAAUGAAAUUUCGCAGGAGAAGGAGGAGCUGAGGAGUUCUCUUGUGAAGGCACAGACAAACAUCUCCAUCCAUCAGGUGGAGUUAGACAAGCUAAAGAAUGCUUACACAGACCAGAAGCUGCAGCACGAAAGGGAAACCAAUGAAUUGAAGAGGAUGGUGAUAGAAUACCAGUCAUACUCAAAUCACAUUGACAUCCUCCAGGAAAUGAAUAAUACGUUAUAUGACAGCAACAAUGGACUACGCUCUGCCCUGGUCAAUGAUGCGGCCUCCAAUGAAAGAAGUCUUUCACCAAAGCCUGCCCCGAAGAUGAAGCCCAUUCGUCAGAGCACAUUAACCCAUAACAGUGGAGAGGACCAAAUGGAUUCCUCUCUGCCACCGUUUGCUCGUGUGGCAAGCUGGGCUAAGAAAUACCUGGACAGUGGAGUGGCCUUUUCCAUGGAUGUGGACGACUCGGGCAGUGACUAUGACAGCGAUGACAGCAGAGACUCCAUAGAAACGGUGCACCAUAGUUAUUCCUAUUGUCCAUCCGAAUUGGAAGUGACUGGGACAAAGUCUGAUGCAGAGGUGUCCGAGGCGGCCAGUCGAAUUAGCUCAAUUGCCUCAUCUAUCAGAAGACGUUUGUCAGCUUUCCCUGCUAAGGAUAAGGCACUAUUGUGUUCACAAGAAUGCUGCUUUUAUCAUCAGCCACUGGAGACAAAUCUGCUGGAGUCUGAUGGCCCAGCUCAAAUGUACAGGCUGGUUCUGGCAGGAGAUGCUGGGUCAGGCAAAUCAAGCUUCUUACUGCGUCUGAGUCUAAAUGAAUUCAAGGGGGAUAUUCCGACCACUUUGGGGGUGGACUUCCAGAUUAAGAAGAUGCUUGUGGAUGGAGAGAAAACCAGCCUGCAGAUCUGGGACACAGCAGGACAAGAAAGGUUCCGGAGCAUUGCCCGCUCUUACUUCCGCAAAGCCCAUGGGGUCUUGCUCCUGUAUGACGUGACCUCCGAGAGCAGCUUUCUCAAUGUCAGGGACUGGAUGGCACAGAUUCAGGAGUCCACAGAGGAGAGCAUCCCCAUGUGUUUGAUUGGAAACAAGGUGGACCUACGAGAAGAAAGACCUGAGGGAAGCUGUGUGACCUCUGUGCAUGGAGAGAAACUGGCCAUGACCUACAAUGCCCUAUUCUGUGAGACCAGUGCUAAAGAGGGAACCAACGUUGUAGAGGCAGUCCUCCAUUUGGCAAGAGAGGUGAAGAAGCACAUGAACCUAAGAAGAAAGUCUGAGGGCUUCAUAACGCUAAGUCAAACGGGUCGAAAGACGGCAUUUGGUAACUGCUGUGCAGCGCAGUGAAUUCAGUGAAGUGUGCUGUAUUUUUUUAACCUUUUCACAUUAAUGGUCAGAUUCCUUAUGUUUCCAGAUCUGUUGCAAUAGGCACGUGUAAUGCUUAAAGUGUAAGGGAGUAAUGUGGUGAUAUUUUGCAAAUCAUUUCAGUUUUAUUUCUGUGCAAUACUACUUCCAUCAGUAGUGUUUUAUGUAAAGCCUGUAUCACAUAGUGCCACAGUAUGCACAUCAAAUGUGCAGUUAAUGCUUUUUAUCUAAAUAUUUCUGGUAGUGUUAACGUUUCAAAACCACUGAUUUUAUGAACUGUGUAUAAUGCCUACACAAACAAAGGCAGAAUUGUUGUAUUAUGCUCUGAUGCAUGCAGCAAUUAACGUUUCUUAAGGAACCAUUGUAUCGAUUAGUCUGAGGACUGAGGUUACUGGAUGUAGAGCUUUUUAAUCAGUUGUACAAAAUAAAUGUUCUAAUUUUUAAA